CGAGCGGAGCACAGGGACCCGGGAUCUUCGUGCUGCUGAGCGCAAACGCGAAUAGCGGGUCGAGUCCGCCUGUCAUGACUGUCGAAUGACCACAGCAGCGGUCAGUUUGACGCCUGCAGAGCACCGUGCAUGCAGCCGGACUGACAGCGCCGAGGCACCGCCGGAGCUUUUGUCUUCGAGGGGAAUUUUCAAGUGCAGAGAAUAGGCGUCUGGAGCAGAGUACCAAAAAAAACUGAACCGGUUCAUAUUCACCUACGACGCAGCGGCCAUUGCAGAGGCUAAAUGAAGAACUUGUGAACAUGCACGAGGGAAGGACUCUACCUUUCACUUCGGUGACUUCCCCAGAUGCUCUGGCCCAAAGAAAGAUGGAAAGGAAUGGGAAGAACUUGAGCCAAGGCUGCUGCACAGCACCCGUUCAGUGAGCCAACAGGAGAUCCUCCAUACGCCACGUCGCUGAGCCUCUCACCAUUCCCUUUUGACCCCUCGACCUACAAGCGCCAUGACCUCUGAGCUGGAGAGUAGCCUGACUUCAAUGGACUGGCUCCCCCAGCUCAGCAUGAGGGCAGCCAUCCAGAAGGCGGAUGCGGGACACCACCACGCCCACCACCAUGGACACCACCACCACGCCCACCACCACGGGCAUGGGCCUGGCAAGAAAAUCACCCAUCUGGACCCAGGAACAACACUGGACCAGGAGGAAGCUGCACAGCACAGAGACGGUAAACCUCCCUAUAGCUACGCCAGCCUCAUCACCUUUGCUAUCAACGGCUCGCCGCGCAAACGGAUGACCCUCAGUGAGAUCUACCAGUGGAUCUGUGACAACUUCCCGUACUACAGAGAGGCGGGCAGCGGCUGGAAGGGUUCCUACUGGGCCAUAGACACCAAUCCAAAAGAAGACACAGUACCCAGCAGGCCAAAGAAGAGACCACGCUCUGGAGAAAGGGCAUCAACUCCUUACAGCCUGGAGUCAGAGUCUCUGAGGAUGGACUGCAUUAUGUCAGGAGGGGCGUCCCCAACCCUGGCCAUCAAUGCUGUAACCAACAAGGUAGUGCUGUACAAUCCCGAGGCAGAAGGCAGUGAGAGUCCUGGGAGUUUGGGCGGCAGCCUGAGCAACAGUCUUUCAGAACAGAGUUUGGCGUCCGUCAACCUUAACAACCUGAACACCGCCGUCAGCAGCAGCAGCAGCAACGUACACAGCUACACACCAGUGAGUAGCCACUCAGAGCCUUCAUCCCAGUCCCUGAGCCUGCAACAGCCCACCCAGCCGCCGCCACCUCCCCCACAGCCCCAGUACGGUCUGCCCGUCCCAGAGUCACGGGACAAGCAGCUCUGUUUCUCGGACUUUGAAGACCUCAGCGCUUCUUUCCGCAGUCUUUACAAGUGUGUCUUUGAGCAGUCGUUCUCGCAGCAAGGUUUAAUGGGUAUGCCCGGUGAUUCCAGCCAGCAGGCCCGGACGGCCUGCUCCUACCAGCACUCUCCUGGUGCAGGAAGCGGUGGCCACCACCACCAACACAACCACAGUCAAGUGUCGCACCACCCCCACCACCCUCAACAGCACCUCUCCCCUCACUCCACCCACAGCCAGCACCAGGCACACGGUCAGCAUGGCCAGCACCAACAGCACCCUGCUCAUUCCCAACAGCACCCAUCUCUUUCCCACCAGAGUCACACCGGACAGACCUGCCCUACAACAGGCAUGUCAUCAGACUGGUACCCCAACCUGGACUGGCUGAAGGAGAGCUGCCGCAUUGCUACCAGCUACAAUUGGGCUGACGUCGACCUCUCCCCAUUUCAAGGUCUAAAAGAGAGCAUGCGGCAGGCUGAGCUCAACAACUGGUCACUGGACGCCGCCCAGAUGGCUGACCUGUGUUCCUCCAUUAACCAGUUCUUCACGGCCACAGGGGUCAUCCCCCCGCAGGGUGGCGCCCACCCACAACCUCAGGUCCAACAUCCGACACCACCGGGAGCGCCGCAGCACCCAGCUCAGCCGCACGGGGCGAUGCACCCGAAGGCCAGCCAGCACAAUCAGCACGGACAACACAACCAACACAUCAGCACGGGGAACAUGUACAUAGACUCGAGACAGAGUAUUUCCUCUCUGAUGGGCCCGCCGGGAUACCCCCACAUGCCUCCCAUGAGCAACACGACUUCCACCAUGGCAGGUGACUCCUCCAUCGCUCUCUUAACAGGCCAUCUCAGCCAGCUGAGCCAGCAGCAGCAGCAGCAGCAGCAACAACAACACAGGCUGCCUCUGGGACACUUCCAGGUGAGACGCAUGCUCACUGCAGACGACAUCCAGGACGACUUUGACUGGGACUCCAUCGUCUAAACUGAGCCGUGGUGGAGCAGAGGUAUAAAGAAAAAGAGAGACAUGUGAGGAUAGGUGAGGUAUGGAACUGGCCGACCUGCUCCCUUUCACCUGUGUGAAAAAACAGAAGACAAUCCAAAAGAAAACAGAAAUGGAAAGUAAUUUUUCUUAUCUUGCUGGCCUUUUUUUCUGCUACAAGUGGAUGGUGAGUCUAAAGACAAUCAUAAUAAAAAAAGAGAGAGAGACUUAGACGGGACUGGGCCAAGCCACACAUCGCCCAAAGCAAAAGGACGUCUGAAGCUCUCUCAAUUGUCUCAUGUUUUGUCCUC